AUGGUGGCCGGUUGGAUUUUGUGUUGGUUUUUGUUGCUGGUGGUUCUAAGGGCGGCGGUGGUUCUGUGGUGGCGGCCGAGAAGAAUUGAAGAACAUUUUUUCCGGCAAGGAAUUCGUGGCCCUCCUUAUCGUUUCUUCAUCGGAAAUGUUAAGGAACUUGUCGGAAUGAUGAUUAAAGCUUCUUCUGAUCAUUCUUUUCCUAAUUCUUCUCAUAAUAUUCUCCCUCGUGUUCUUCCUUUUUAUCAUCAUUGGAAGAAAAUUUAUGGGUCAAAAUUUCUAGUGUGGUUUGGGCCAACGGUGAGAUUGUCAGUGUCUGAUCCAGACUUGAUUCGAGAAAUUUUCACAUCAAAAUCAGAAUUUUGUGAGAAAAAUGAACCUCACCCGCUUGUUAAACAGCUUGAAGGUGAUGGACUUCUCAGCCUCAAAGGCCAAAAAUGGGCUCUUCAUCGCAAAAUUAUCUCUCCUUCUUUCCACAUGGACAAUCUCAAAUUGUUGAUUCCAGUGAUGGCAAAAAGUGUUGUGGACAUGAUGGAGAAAUGGUCAGCAUUAAUGACGUCAGCAGAUUCCGGUGAGGUGGAAAUUGAAGUUUCUGAAUGGUUCCAAACCCUAACUGAAGAUGUCAUCACAAGGACAGCAUUUGGCUCUAGCUAUGAAGAUGGAAAAGCCAUUUUUCGCUUACAAGCCCAACAAAUGAUCCUUGCUUCUCAAGCCUUUGAAAAAGUUUUCAUCCCCGGCUAUAGAUUCUUACCUACGAGAACGAACGUGAAUUCGUGGAGAUUAGAUAGAGAAAUAAGGAAAUCGUUGAUGAAAUUGAUCGACCGACGACGGGAGAAUUCGAUCGAGACGAGCUCAAAGGAUUUACUAGGGUUAAUGAUUAGGGCAUCAAAGUCUUCUCCAUCAUCUACAAUCACUGUUAAUGACAUUGUUGAAGAGUGCAAAGGGUUUUUCUUUGCUGGCAAACAGACCACAUCCAAUUUGCUGACGUGGACAAUGAUCCUCAUGGCAAUGCACCCACAAUGGCAGGUACAAGCACGUGAUGAGGUACUAAGGGUGUGUGGAGCACGUGACAUACCCUCCAAAGAUGAUGUUACAAAGCUUAAAAUGUUGAGUAUGAUCAUCAACGAAUCGUUACGGUUAUAUCCACCGACAGUGGCAACUAUUCGACAAGCAAAAGUUGAUGUGGAGCUUGGUGGCUACAUGAUCCCACGUGGCACUGAGUUAUUGAUCCCAAUUUUAGCAGUUCACCAUGAUCAAACGAUAUGGGGGAAUGAUGUGAAUGAGUUCAAUCCUGGGCGAUUUGCUGAAGGUGUUGCAAAGGCAGCCAACCAUCGAGUCGGGUUCAUUCCAUUCGGGUUAGGAGCUCGAACCUGUAUUGGCCAAAACUUAGCCAUUUUGCAAGCAAAGUUGGCUCUUGCACUCAUACUUCAAAGAUUCUCUUUUCGAUUGGGUCCCUCUUAUCAACACUCACCAGCAGUUCAAAUGCUACUUUAUCCACGACAUGGUGCACCUAUUAUCUUUCACAAAUUAUCCACUCCAUUACUCCAUCAAGAUCAACGGUCUUGAUCAUGCCACGUCAAAAAUACCCCUAUCCUACCUAGUGUGAAAUGUCCAAACUACCCUCAAGCAACCCUCUACACAUAUUUUCCAACCCACCCCAAACUAACCUCAUGCAAAACUUCAAAAGAACCAACAAAAUAUUGCCCUAACCUUCUUCAUUGUUAUUCUAUGGAUUUUACCCAAUCACUCCCUUUUCCCCUCUAUUGCCAUCUAAACUUGUGUUUUGAAUUAGGAAUUUAGAGAGACUAACAACUUAGGGUAAAGGCAGAUUCCUUGUGUCCCCUUUCUCUCUCAUGUGUAUGUAUUGUAUAUUUUUUUCACCCAUUUCUACACUUCUUUUCUUCUAUGAUCCUGAUCUUUUUUAAUCUAGUUUCAACAUAUACAUAUCUCCUUCACUA